UUGCAGAGUUCUGGAGAGCUUACACAGAGUUCAGACCUUGAUUACCUUCUGAAUGUCCCUCUUUUACCUAAUAUGAAACUUGAGGCUGACAUCCGACGCAGAUUUAUCCCAGUUCGUACUGUUUGUGUGAGCAUUGUUCUGUUACUGGUGCAGGUAGCCUUCGUAGCUUUGGCUCUUGUCUCUGGUUAUUUUUGCAUACUUCACAGUGAAGAUGGUAAAUGCAUGCAAUACACAAACCCCUUUGAACUGAAUACAAUUAUCAUCAUGUGUAAAGUCAUACUGUGGUUGUUGUACGUGGUCCAUGAGCGAUUUCUCCACUACCAUCACUCCAAAGCAAAAGGCCGGGGAUAUCUUAAACUAUACCAAUCCACAAGCCAUCUCACGACUAUUCCACUAAUGAUACACUCUACAGGUAUUGUACAGCAUUAUCUUUAUUACAACAGAUGUUUAGGUUAA